AUGACAAUGAAAAAAAGUUGGCUGGAGUGAGGAGUUAAAUCACGGAAAAGAUAUGUGUUAAUCUAGAGCAGGGCUGAAGAGGAGUAUCUGAGAAAGAAGGAGCGCAGUUGCCGACAUAGUUUCUUUCUUGCCUUUUGUUUUCCUAUCCUAACGAUAAUGGAGUCAGCCAUUAAGACGGUGGUGACCACGUUUCUUAGUUCUACCAGGGGGAAGGAAAACCUAGACGGGGGUGGCUUCCAGAAACUGGUAAAGAAACAGCUUGGUGGCCUCAUGCAGGAUACCAACUGCUCCUCUGCCAUUAAGGAGAUGCAGCAGGGAUUGGAUGCGAACAAUGAUGGAAAAGUCAGCUUCCAGGAAUACCUCACUCUGAUUGGUUACCUGGCCAGCUCCCUCAGUCAGAGCAAGAGUGGAUCCACUGCAGAGGCACCAUAGAUGCUUGUGAAACUGCAGUGUUUGGUGGAUCAGCAAAUUAACAGCCUCUUUUUGUUGUAUCUUUUAUUCUCUAUUCUCAUUUCCAAAUGCUCUAAACAUCAUAUAUACAAAACAGUCAGUGAAUCAACCAGUUGUAUAAUGCUCUUAAUGUCUGUCCAGAUCAGCCUAUCUUCAUUCACACCAUAUUGAUCUCCACUGUCAAGGACACAUUGAAGGACUCUACGAUGGGAGUGUCUUUUUUAUACCAAUUAUACAAGAGAUACUCACUGUAUUUUCAAAAUAAAAGCUUUAUAUAAUAAAACUA